UUGCUACGUCGCGCAUACAUACUGCUCAUUGCAGUUCGGCUCGGCUCGCCCGGUGUUCAAUUGUGGGUGUCGCGAUGAGCCACAGUGACAGAAGGGAAAGAGAGGUUGAGAGAAAGGGCGAGAGCGAAUGAGAGCAAGUGAGUGAGCGAGUUAGCAGUAAGAAGGCAGGGAAGAAAGGGAAGAGAGAGAGAGAGAAAGAGAGAGUGACAGAACGAGAGUGAGAAAGGAAGGAAGAGGGCGAGAGAAAGAGAAAGAGAGAACGAGAAAACGCGAGAGUGAGAGGGAGAGAGAGAGAGAGAAAGAGAGAGAGAAAGAGAGCGUGUGCAAGAGCGUGUAGAACAUAUAACUGGAAUCUUCGGCAGUGCAAAACAUUUUUGGCGAUCAUUUUAGAAAGAUCACGAUGUGUCACAACGAAGUCUUGCGCGACGCUGUUACUCACGAAUCGCCUUUGGCGCUUUAAACCCCAACCCGUGAGAUUCAUACCCGCUUCUCUACUGACUUGAUAUCAGAUCUCGCGAAGGUACGCUCGGCCGAAUAUCACUGAAGACUCGCAGAUCACGAGAUCGUUACGAUAGAUUCAUCAGAAUUUUUUUUUUAAAUGACCAAACACGCGAUAGUGAUUCGCGCGCGUAAUCUAACUCACGAUAAAAUUGCGACAUAUAUUUAGCACACGUAAUAUUUAUUAUCCUGUGAAUAGAAUCUCACUCGUAUUGAAUGAAGAAAUAAACCGCGUUGAUCGUUCUCUUGCAAAAUUUUUCAAAGGCGCGAUGCUACGAUCACGAUCGCGAUCGCUACACCAGUUUCAAUAAAAUAGAAUUAAAAUCUCAUGGAGAAAGUUAUCAUUACGCUCUGUCAUGCGUUCUAUUGGAAUAUACCGCAUGAGUCUUUAAAGAGUAUACAAGAAGAAAAGGUCGAACAUGCUGCGGCAACUGCUCUGCUUCAGUAACCGAGAAAUGACUAUGCUGCCAAGCUGAGAGAACGAUAAGCCUAUUAUCAACCAGCUUUAAGUGAACCGAGAUUGAUCGCAUAAAAAUAACCGGCGCGCGACAAAAAAAAAAGAGAAGAAAAAAUAGAAAGAAAAGAGGAUCACAUGGCGGGAAUGCGUGCGAAGUGCACUUUGUGGCGAUUAUUGGUUCGCAGUGCGCGAUCGUGAAGAUCGUGUGCUCGGGGUUGACUUCCGGUGUAUUUUUUGCGUUCCCGGACUACCAGAAAUGUUCGCAGAACUUAUCGUUGUGUCGAGUGACGAUUGGCGAGGAAAUUGUUCGUAACAAGAUCAGAUGAUGACGGAUUCGCCGACACCUUCAACCAGCAGACAUCACGACGAUAAAUGUGACAAGCCCGAGAAACCCGAUAAAUCAGUGUUAUUACAAAUUCAAGACAUAAACAGCCAGGUGGCACAGUUUCGAGAUUUGCUUAUUAAUAUCGGACAACCGCGCGACAGUCCAGAGUUACGUGAAAAAAUACGAAAGAUGCGUCGCAACUGUGUAGAGGCUUGUAAACACACCUCUCAACUAGUACUACCACAUGUGCAAAGCGCUAUAGAUGUCGGAAUACCGGUGGAUAGCCCGAACUUGGUACUGUUGUUUUACGUGGCACAACUUUUUUUACGUGAACUGCAUAAAAGCAAGAAUCUUAUACAAAUCGUACCAAUGGACAUGUCCGGAUAUUACGAGAGCCGCGCUGGUCCUUCGUACAUCGGCAACGUGGUCUCGCAGAUCCUCUUGUGCAAACAGAUCAGACCGGAUUUCAACGAGGAGGAACUCUGUAGCAUUCGAAAGGACUCAGAAGAGAUCGGCCAACUGAUAGCGGAGUUGCAAGAAUUCAUGCCCCAAUCCGAGGCUGACACGGGUACAAUUCCGCCGAGAAACCCGUGGCCCUUCACAAUCCAGGGAACAAAAUCAAUCGGAAUAAUGGGACACGAAGAAUGCACCGAUGGAGUAGCAACAGAGAACGACAAUCAUCCUAUUUCCGCAAUGGUUUCAGAUUUCUAUGCUGUGCCGCGAGCACGAAUUACGUUUAACGUAUAAUUCGUUUUUAAAGGAAUUAACGGUAUUUCGAUGCGUACGGACAGGACAAUUGUCAGGAACAAAUUCGUUCGAUUUACGAAGUACACCAAAAAAGCAUAUAUUAGCUGCGAAAAUAUAGUGCCAUCGAAGAAAAUCCAAGAUAUUUCUUUUUUGAAAGUACUUUAAUAAUGCGUAUAAUGCAUUAAUAAUAAAUAAAUAAAGUCCUGAGUACAAAAUUAUUUGCUAGUAGGGAUCUACAAUAUUGAAAGUGUAACCUCUCUACACUAUAAAGAUAAAGAAACAUCAUAUGAACAUGGAUACGGAACUUUCUUUGAAAACUUUUGUUUACAACAAGAAUUUUUAAGACUUUAUAAGGUUACAGAUUUGAUUGAAGAAACUAAAAAUAAUGUUUUCCUAUACAUAUGUUUUACGUCGAAGUCUCAUUUGAAAAAUGUAGAAAAGUAUUUCGGAUAUUAAGAAUUUUUCAUAUAAAACAAUAAUAUGAUUUCGGAGAAUUUUUGGAGAACCUUACCUUAUAACCUUAUUCGAUUAUAACUUAGUACUGCUAUUAUUUAUUUCUAACAGAAAGUAAAUAAUUACGAUAUUUGUAAUUCGAAACUUAUCAGAUAUUUCUAUUAUAUUUCUAUCGUACUAUCAUAUUUGUUGUUAAUAAAAAAGUGAUUUUAUUUAAAAAAGUGAUUUUUAAAGUGAAAUAUUUUUGUAUUUACGUCCAUAUGAUUUUUUCAUUCUCUCACGAUGAAUAAACUGCAUUCUUAAAAUUUGCUCACUUAUUUUAGAAUUAUUUUAUACACGUUGUAAAAGUAUGGACUAAUGAAUGAUCAUACAAUAAACAUUGAGUAACAUUACAUUAAUGUUAUAAUUUCCCUCAACAACUCAACAAUGCAAUUAUUACGUACAGUACGUGUUACAUUGCACUUAUCUAUUAUUGAAAUAAUAAAUUAUAACAUUAAUGUAAUGUUAUAAUUUGAUGUUUUUACUCGAUAUUUUUUAAAUUCUUUUAAGUGAAAAGUGGUAAUAUUUUCACUCGAGACGAUAAUGAAAAUAUUGUCACUCGAAAUAAAAAAAAUGAAUUUUUACUUAAAAUUUCUGAUUCCAUAUGAAUGGAUAUUUUAAUCAAUUAGAGCGAAUGUUUUACUGAUUCAGAAUGCAUCAGAUUUAUUCUUUAAUAUCAGGUGAAAGUAUUUAUUUCAUGAUUCAGAAUGGAGAUUCACUUUAUAGGAGUAAAAAUUAACUUCAAUUUGAGUACUUCAACUGUAACUCUAUAUAUUUUUUCUAUAUAUUUUUCAAAUGAAAUUUUACUUCAAGAGAAUUAGAAAAGAUAAAUAUGUUUAUAGGGGACCCAC